AUGGCCUCUUCUCUGUCGGUCUUGUUGCUCCUGUGCCUGGCGGCAUCGUCCUCGGCACAGCUUUCGCCUAGAUUCUACGCGAGGUCAUGCCCGAGGGCGCUUGCCAUCAUCAGGACGGGUGUGGCGGCCGCCGUGAUGAGGCUGCGACGCGUCCGUACUGCUGAGCGACACGGCCACCUUCACCGGCGACCAGGGGCAGCUCCGAAUGCCGGCUCCAUUCAAGGCAUGAACGUCAUCGAUAACAUCAAGGCGCAGGUCGAGGCCGUGUGCACGCAGACUAUCUCCUGCGCCGACAUUCUCACUGUUGCGGCCCGCGACUCCGUCGUCGCCCCAAUUUGCUCGACAUCUCUCAAGGCCAACUGCCCCCGGACGACCGGGUCCGGUGACGGCAGCCUAGCACCGCUGGACACGACGACGCCCAACGCGUUCGACAACGCAUACUACCGCAACUUGAUGUCACAGAAGGGGCUCCUGCACUCCGACCUGGUUCUGAUCAACGACGGACGCACCGCGGGCCUGGUCCGGACGUACUCGUCGGGGUCGGCACGGUUCAACAGGGACUUCACGGCGGCCAUGGUGAGGAUGGGGAACAUCAGUCCGCUCACCGGGACGCAGGGGCAGUUGCACAUAAUCACUUUUGUUUCUGACGAACUCUACACUUUGAGAAAAGUCAUGGGUUAUCAUCGGUGCACACCACCAUACGGCAAAUCAUAUGGAAAUGAUUUCAACGCCUAA